AAACAAUUUUCUGAGCAAUCCUUUGCAAUCUGUCGUAUCGCGGGCCGCGGUACGUUACCCAGGGUGUCUACUGACGAACCAUGAUACUCAUCCAUAGUUUCUACACCAUAAUGUUGUUCACAUGGUGGCUGCGCACGUUGCGCUAUUAUUCCAUGGGCGACGUCUCGAUCCUCUAAACAAUUCGAAGUUUCACGGUGAAAGAUACUAGUCUGUUACCAUGUCACGCGACAACCGAUUGUUGACGCUGCUCGUCACCCUCGCCACUUGCCUGCACACGGUCAAACUCCACAUCUACAUGCUAUGGCUCACGAUGAUCUUGCAGAAGCCAGCCAUAGCUCGCCGCACUAUCGCCAUCGAACUACUUCGUCGGUCGGACCAGAUAAAGAGUCAUAGGCGCCGCGCGCCGUCUACCACUGCGACGCAGUUCCGUUUCGCGCACCCCCUACAGCGAAGUCCGCCAGCUAAACAGACUUGGUCUCAUGCGAAGAGUCACUGGAUGGCUAAAUCUACGGCGAGAGGGCGGAGUCUGCUGCACGAGCAGGUGGCGAUCGAGGUACCGUCAGCAAGCUUCCUGGCUGCGUCGCAAAAUAUUGACAGCUCCCUUCGACCAAGUGGAUUUGGAUCAUACGACACCCCCGGGGUCAGUGCAUCCCUGAAGCUGAGUUGGUCUGAGUCGGCACCUUGGUCCAUUCCUCGGGACGUCCUCACCCCUGCUUUUUCUGAAGGCGUACAAGACUCUGACACUCCAGGACGACAAGGAAAGCGCCAAAGAAGAGUGGUGUCCCUUGACACAAGUCCCCAGCUCGCGUCACCAAUUUCACCUUUUUUGGAGAGUGCCAGGCCGUCAUACGCACGUGGAGGCAGUGCGCACGAGCGCCUUUCUAGGCCAGCGAGGCACCAGCACCUACUGAGACGAGAACGAGUGUCAACGAGCGACUCUUACUACACACUACCGCUUUCCGACAUCGAUUCUGCAGGUUCUGAUGCCACACAUGCAGAGGCGAAACAUUCGCCUUACCCGCAAAUUCGUACUCAAACUGAUGCAACAGAAGGCGCACAGGAUGAGGGCCUUGGCAGCCCAAAUGAUACCCUAGUAAAUAGCACUGAUCUGCUCGAAGGACCUAUUACAAACAAGCGGUGGUCGAACUAUUCGAUGGACUCUACGUCGACUACCAUACGAAAGCCGUCAACCGCGACGCUUCGAGCGCGAAGCAGACUCAACGGAGGAUUGCUCGAAUUCAAAUCCAACACAGCAGGCCCGAAAACGCCGCUGCCCACUCGCAGACACCGGCGCAUGCUCUCUCUGAACCUUCCCAUACGCCCGAGCUUCUCCCAGCCCAGUAGCACCCAACGCUCCCAGACCCCAGGAUUCGCCUCCACGACACCCACACCGCGCGCCACCGGCGACGUCGCGAGCGCACCCGCUCAAAUCGAGUCCGAGCUGCAGUAUAAGCAACGCCACAUAUUCGUCGGCACCGCCUCACUACACCGCUUCCUCGACAUUCUCGAAACCUGCUCACCUGACUCAACCACCAAACCCGCGGUCAUGAAAGCGUUCACGGCCCUCGCGCACAAGGAACAAAUCAUGGUGCGCCGCAGCUCUCUCAGCCCUGCGGACUGGAACCUCGUUGCGCGCGUCGCGGCUGACGUGGCUGACUUUGAUUACAUUGUGCUGGCGCGCGUGCAGCUGGGGUCUAUCUCGCUACAGCAAUUUGUGGACUCUGUGCCGUUUAAUGGCCGUGAAGAGGCGCCGCUUGUGGCGGUCGUAGAGGCGUUCAAGAUCGCGAGUCACAUGGAUGCUGAGGAGGCCCGGAAUGUGGGGAGCAAGGCACGCGCGUACAGGAGCCUGCUGGCAUCGCUAGGCCAGGCGGCAGAGUAGGUUUACGCAGGGCUCGGCGUUAUUCGUGUCGUCGUCUGGACGACUGUUCAAGGCGCGCGGGUUCUCUGUAAAUGAGGCUGCUUUCGGGCUUCCCUUUUUUCCUUGUUUGUUGACUUAGACUCCUGCUCCCGUUCGAGCUUUAUACCCACUUUGAUACCCCCUUACGCAAUAAUACUCCUUUUACUGCCCGUACCUUUUCAAUCCGUUUGCUCUUGAUUUACUUUAUAGAUCUGGUGCUAUUGAUUACGAUCAAGCUCAUCCAGUUGGGCAUCCACCGAAGGUACAUAGAUUGAUGUCGGUGAAGAUCAGCUCGCUGCGAUCAGACAGAUUUACUCUUCAUUGCACCAAGCAACGUUCUGCAAAGAUAUAUUUCGCGAGACGUUUGUGGGGUCGCGGUGCUUGCUGCAGGCGAUCGGCUCUUCAUCCGUAGCGCCAGCGUAGAUCUGCUCAAUGCAAACCCCGGCU